UUGAGAAGUCGUAAUCGUCGAUGGAAACGGAUAGGACGUCCCGUUCGUCAGUCAGUAGGAGUUGGCAACGCGGAAGUUAUCGGAGCCGGAGCGGAAGACGGCGGAAACGCAAGCGGAAGCCAUGGGGUGAGCGGAUCGCCGACUGGAUCAGGACGCUGAUAGCAUUCCUCUUCAGUAACGUCGGCAUCGUGUGUCUAGUAGUGGGCUACACUAUAGCGGGCGCCUUCCUAUUCAUCUACAUCGAGGGUAAAAUCAGCUUGAAUAUCGCCGACGACGUCAUCAAGCUAAGAAAUUCGACGGCCGUCUCUCUUUGGGAGCUUACUUCUAAGGAAAAUGUGUUUUCGGAAAAACUCUGGAAGGAGGAGGUAAGAAACAUUCUCGAGAAUUACCAAACGACGAUAGUCUCAUUUAUAAAAAAUGGAUACAAUGGUAUGAAGGAAACUAAGUGGACUUUUGCCGGUGCUUUUCUGUAUUCCCUUACCGUGAUAACGACCAUCGGUUAUGGCAACCUUUGUCCCAAGACGAAAUGGGGCAAAAUCGCGACUAUAGUGUACGCAAUAAUAGGGAUGCCGCUUUUCCUUCUCUACCUCAGCAAUAUCGGUGACAUUCUGGCCAGAAGUUUCAAGUGGACCUACGCCCGCUGUUGCUUGUGCAAAUGCCGAAGAAGACCAUACGAUGCAGCAAGCGCGAGAGCGUCGGAGAUAUCGAAUGAUCCAGCUGCGAAAAGAGAUCGGUGGCAGCAGAUUGUAAGCACGUAUGGCGAGGAGGUAGAUACGUCAAGCUUGAAUGUAGAAGAAACUUUACCUAGAGACGACGACAACGGAGAAGUUAACGGAAGCGACGGCGACGACGAAGACGAUGACGACGAGAGUGACAGCUACGAUCCUCAGCACGUCACAGUGCCGUUAACUCUCUGUCUUGCUAUUAUGGUGGGGUGA